UGCGCCCGGGCGCAGCUGCGGCGGCGGCGCGGCCCAUGUCCGGCGCGGGCGAAGUCCCGGCUCCCGGGCCCGCGGGGCCACAGCGCGCGGCCGAGGCGGCGGGCGGCGGCCGGCGGGGCUCCCCGGCCCACGAAAAAUGUAAUAAAGACCAAACUGAGAAAGAUACAACUCAACCUACCAAUAGCCACUUCACAUCUGGAGAGAGUCAAGAUCAGUCGUUGUGGGAAAAUCCUUCAGAUGGUGAACUCAUCAGAACCCAACCUCAGCGCUUGCCUCUGCUGCAGACUUCAGCGCAGGAACCUGGUGAAGAGGAAAUAGGCAAGAUAAAGAAAGGAGGCCAUAAGGGUCUGAGUAACGCCAAUGGAAUUCACCACCCCGGGGCCAGACGUGCCUCUGCAGAUAAUCACAAACUUUCAGCUCCUGUUUCUCAAAAGAUGCAUAGAAAAAUUCAGUCCAGCUUAUCUGUAAAUAACGAUGUCAGUAAGAAGAGCAGAGUAAAUGCUGUCUUUUCCCAAAAGACAGGCUCUUCACCUUCACCGGAAGGUUGUUGUGUCCACUGCAUCCUGGCGUGCUUGUUCUGUGAAUUCCUGACCCUCUGCAAUAUUGUCCUGGGACAAGCUUCCUGUGGGAUCUGCUCGUCGGAAGCCUGCUGCUGCUGCUGUGGUGACGACGUGGGGGACGACUGUAACUGCCCUUGCGACAUGGACUGUGGCAUCAUGGAUGCCUGUUGUGAAUCAUCAGACUGUUUGGAAAUCUGUAUGGAAUGCUGUGGAAUUUGUUUUCCUUCAUAAAUAUUUAUCUUUUGUUUGUGUUAAAACUGGAGAACAUUUUUAAAAUUUUCUUAGAAGCGGUUGAAAAACACAUGGUAAGAUUCUGUUGAAACAAGUCAGUAUUUGCACUGUUCACUCAUUUUUUCCAUAAUCCCUUUUUUUUCACCAAUCUACAUGGUUUAAUAUGUGAAAGUUUAACUACCUUUGCUGUUUUUUGAAACUUCUUAAUGAAUUGUACUAACUGAAAUACAUUUUGAUACACACAAAACACACCAAAAAAAUUUUUUUUUUCUUUGUCUUUUUGAGGCAGGGUCUCACUACGCAGUACAGGCUGGCCUUAGACUCACUCCAAGCUGGUCUCGAACUUGCAACGCUUCUCCUGCCUCAGCCUCCCGAGUGCUGGGGUUACUGGCAUGAGCCUUUCUAUUGAUGUUUCUGUUCUUCUAACCAUUCCCAGAAGUAAAUUGCUCCAAAUAUGUUACUUCUCAGUGGGUAUCGAGACCAGACCACUUACUUUUUAAUAUUUAUGUGCUAGAUGUUAAAAUGAAGCAUAUUUAGUUUAAACUUUAGGGAACAAACUCAUACCAUACCUUGACAUGCACUGUCACUCUCCAUACUCCUUUUCUCUGCCUUCCUUGCUUGCUUAACAGAUGCUGAAUGCCAGUUCUGGCUGUUUUCUAGUCUAGGCCUCAGGGAACAAACGUCAUUCCACCCUUGUUCAUAGCAGCAUUCAGUGUGGUAUAGCCACAGACCAUUAAGCAACAGUCUAUACCCAAACCCGUAAGUGAGCAUUAUAAGAGAAAGAAAAAAAAGACCAAGUAUAAACAGAGAGGAGCCACUAGAAUAUUAAGGAAGAUAUCAGGGAAAAUAGGAUGGUUGAGCAGACCUCUUAGAAUGAGUGCUCCAUCUGUACUUAAGUGCAUUAUUCAGAUUUAGGACAAAGUUUUAGGUGCACAGCCUGAAUUAGUGUGUAGAAAAAUGGCUGCAGCUCCCUGUAUUUUGGUUGUAGGAAUACAAAUUUUUUUAAACUAUUAUGUAAAUUAGCCCAAGUAUGCACUUGUAUAAUUUAAAUGUUACAAUAAAUCUAAUACCCUAAAAUUAGCGAUAUUUUGUAGAAAUAUGGGCUAUUUUUAUAAAUUUAAUUUAUCAAGAGUUAUUUUAAUAUUAAAAUCCCACUAUUCUGAUUUUGGAUUUUUUUUUCAAAGGCUUUUGUUUUGAGAGCUUCAUGUCUUCUAGAAGCCUGAUGUCAUCUGCCUGUUUUGGUCUGUUUCUUAACUAUGGUUAUACUUCAUAAACACAGUUAACCUUGAAUGCAAACCUUUCUUUCCAGUGUUGGGGGAACCCUGACAUCUACCAGUGUGAUCAAAUUAAGUAUUGCAAUUUUAAGUUGCAUAAAGCUCGUACGACAGAUAAUAAAAUUCUCUAUAUGUGAAGAUUGGUGGUAACUGCAAAAUUAAUUAUAUAGUUACAGAGUCAAAAGUAUCCAUAGCUUAGGGAAAAAGAACACCUUUUUAUCUUAUAUGUUCUGUGAAUUUAAUCUCUCAAAAAUUGUAGUUCAGUUUUAUUAUUAUUAUUCCUUGUAGAAAUUUUGAAACUAGGGUUAACAGUUAUUUUCAGUUUUACUGGAUGAUUAUCAAACUGAUAAAUAGCAAUAAAGUUAUAUGUUUAGGGAUCCUUUAGGAAACCUAAACUUAUAAGCAAUUUUUAAAACCUGAAUCGUGUAAAACCUAUGGUUUUCUUUUGAGAUGAAACCUAGUUUCCAGUUAUACUAUUAUUUAAGGGCUUAAAACAAGAAAAAACAUUAGGAAACUCUCAAAUUAGUCUUUUAAUGCUAUUUACAUAUACAUUUAUACACCUCCUUAAAAUUAUUGGGUUUAAAUACAGUUCUAAAGCAUGCACACACACACAGUCUUUAAAUUACUAGACUUAAACACACUUCCUGUAAACAGCUUUUUUUCUCUUCCUCUUCCAAAGAGCAUCUUUGAUUUGUUACAUAAAAUAGGAUGAGAAUCUCAGUAUUCACAUAUACUCAAAAUUAACCUAUGCUUGUAUAUUAGGAUAUAAGAAUAGCAUCUACUCAUAGACCCAUAGAACUUGCUAAUGAUCUGGAAUUGCUAGAAAUUUGACCUUUUGUCUGCAGAAAUUUUCAACUAAGUGGUUUUUCUGAUAUUUAAAUAUAUGCUUCUGUUAUUUGCAAUGAAAUUAUUAACACAUUUUAAAUAAUGUUUUUCUGUAAUAGAACAUUAAUGAAUACCAGAAUUUUAUUUUCAUACUUACACACCUAAUACUCUUCUUGAUUUGACUACUUCAGGCAGUCAUUCCAUAAAGAAUCUUGCAUAAUUAAACAGUUAAAGCAUAAAAGUAGGCAAAUGUGAAAAUAGUUUCAAUAUAUUUUAAAAUUUCUGUAUGUUAAACGUUUUAUUGAUUUAUGUGACCAUGAUAGCUAAGUGCUAUAGUUUUGCAGUUAUGUAUUUUGCCUCUUUUUAAAUGUGGAAACUUGAUUUUAAAUAUUUUCAAACUGGACCUGUAUUAUCAUGAAUAUAUUUUAAAAUUUUAAAAACGA